AUGGGGGCCAUUCAAGCAUGGUGGUAUACGUUGGAAGCAAUGCAGCAGGGCAAACCCCAGUGCCGGGCCAAGAUGCCAGCCACCCUAGGGCAGCCGCUGAAGGGGCAAAGUGUCAGAGGUGGUCUUAUACUAUUUUCCAAAAGAGCCGAUGGCAACCUACGCCUGGAGAAGUUGCAGUACCCUCCCCAAGGAAGACCCCCGAGAAUACUCUCCAAGCCUCAGAGCAAGGCAGGGCGUGCACCCAUUGGUGCCAGGUGCCUAGGGGAGCUGAGGAUCUCAGGAGCCAGCACCCACGCAGAUCCCCCCUUCUACAACUCAGCCCCACCGCCUUGUGUCCUCCUAACUACCAAAGAACAGGGACCAGAGAACGCUCUGGGGAAAGUGAUCCUGGCGGAUACGAGAUCAUUUGGUCAGAAGUUCAAGGUAAGGAGAAACAACGGUGUUGGAAGAAUCAGUGGCCUUGGGCCACCCCCUGGGACGGGGUGCGAGGCCAGCCUGGGCACUGAUCCCAGGGCUGCUGUGCGAGUGUGGUUCGCCCCCAGCCCCACAAGCUUCUUGCACCUGGGCGGCCUCCACACUGCCUUGUACAACUACGUCUUUGCCAAGAAGCACCUGAGGCUGGAGGGCAUGGAUCAGACCUGCCUUGUGCUUGGGGAAGCAGAGAAUAUUGAGGACAUGCUGGAGUGGGCAGGCGUCCCCCCUGACAAGAGCCCCCGCCGGGGAGGUCCUGCAGGGCCCUACCUGGAAUCUCAGUGACUUGCGCUCUACACGCAUGCUACCGAAGCUCUGCUGAAGAGGGAGGCCCUGAGGAACCAUCAGACUCGCCAGUAUGGCAAUCGGUGCCGGAGCCUGAGCCAGGCGCAGGUGGCCCAGAAGCUGGCCAAAGACCCCAAGCAUGCCACCCACUUACGCCCGGGGGAGACACCAGCCUUCCAGGACUUGGUGUAUGGCUGGCAUCCGCACAAGGUGGCCAGCAUGGAGGGGGACCCGGUCAUCCUGAAGAGUGAUGGCUUCCCCACGUACCACCUGGCCUGCAUGGUGAUCGACCACCACACGGGCAUCAGCCACUUGCUGCGGGGCUCCGAGUGGCUGGUCUCCACCUCUAAGCACCUGCUCCUCUACCAGGCCCUGGGCUGGCAGCCCCCGCGCUUUGCCCACCUGCCCCUCCUUCUCAACAGGGAUGGCAGCACGCUGUCCAAGAGACAAGGGGACAUUCGCUGCCGGCGGCUUCCUGCCGAUGCCCUGCUUGACAUCACCGACUGCGGAUCAGGGUUUGCAGAGAACCAGAUGGGGAGGACCUUGCCAGAGCUGAUCACACAGUUUAACCUGACCCGGAUCACCUGCCACUCAGCCCUGCUGGACCCAGAAAAGCUCCCAGAAUUCAACAGGCUGCACCUCCACCAGCUGGUGAGCGAUGAGACCCAGAGACGCCAGCUGGUGGGGAAGCUGCAGGCCCUCGCGGAAGAGGCUUUCGGGAGCCAGCUGCAAGACAGUCGUGUGCUGGACGCAGCCUACAUGGAGAGGAUCAUCCUGCUGGGACAGGGGCACAUUUGCCGCCUGCAGGAUUCGGUCUCCCCAGCGCACUCCUACCCGUGGACUCGCCCUGCUGUGGGUCGAGCGCAGCUGGGUGUCAUCUCAGAGAGGGUGGACGUCAUUGCCAAGCAUGUGCCGGGGCCUUUAGAAGGAUCCGGUGGGAACUUAACUCAGGACAUGCUGAACGGAGAACUGGAGAAGCUGCCAGAAAGUCUGGAAGGCACCAAACACAGUAACGCGAUGAAGCUCCAAAGGAAGUGCGGGAACGAAUACAGAAGGUGCUUUCCAGGUGGAGAGAAGGUGUGCAGGACAGCGGAGGUGGCCGUGGGAACCGUAGUUGCGGGACCUGCCCUCAGACAGGGGGAACAGGGGGCCUGGACCCCGUCGGAAGCUCGUGGAAGGAACCAAGAGUGGGCGCAGAGCCUCCGGGUGCACAGGUGCAUUUAUGGUGCCACGCCAGGCAUGUCCUAA